GGCCCUGCUCCUGCAGCAGCCCGGGGGCUGCCCUGCACCGGGGGCGGCCCUGCACCCAUCCCCGAACGGGGUUGCCUUGCACCGAGCCCCGCUGCACCCAUCCCGGGGGGGGCCUGUCCUGGCCCGAGGGUGGCUCAGCACCCAUCCCGGGGAGCUGCGCUGCACAGGGGAGGGGGGUCGCCACCCAUCCCCGAGCGGGGCUGCCUUGCGCCCAGCCCCGCUGCGCUCAUCCCAGGGAGCUGCCCUGCACCGGGUGGGUGGCCAGCACCCAUCCCCGGGGGAGCGGGCUGCCUUGCACCCAUCCCUGGGGGGCUGCACCGCGCCGGGGGCGGCCCAGCACCUACCACUGGGUGUGUGGAGGCUGCACCGCACCCAGCCCCGCUGUCCCCAUCGUGGGGCGGCCCGGGGCUGCCAGCUUUCUCCUAUCGCCGGUGACCGGCUCCUGGCUCCCGCCUCGUUUUAUGGUCGUGGAGAGGGAGGAAGAAUCCCAAACCAGCUGCGUAAAUGAGUAUGGAAGAUUAUGAUUUCCUCUUCAAAAUUGUUUUAAUCGGCAACGCCGGUGUGGGGAAGACCUGCUUAGUCCGUCGCUUCACUCAGGGGCUUUUCCCACCGGGUCAAGGAGCCACGAUUGGGGUUGACUUCAUGAUUAAAACUGUGGAGAUAAACGGUGAAAAAGUAAAGCUGCAGAUCUGGGACACGGCAGGACAAGAGCGAUUCCGAUCCAUCACACAGAGUUACUAUCGCAGUGCUAACGCGUUAAUCUUGACCUAUGACAUCACCUGCGAAGAAUCCUUCCGGUGUCUCCCCGAGUGGCUGCGAGAAAUCGAGCAGUAUGCCAGCAAUAAGGUCAUAACUGUGCUAGUGGGUAAUAAGAUUGAUUUAGCUGAUAAGAGGGAAGUCUCCCGGCAAAGAGCUGCAGAGUUUUCCGAAGCACAGGACAUGUACUAUCUGGAAACCUCGGCAAAAGAAUCGGAUAAUGUGGAAAAACUCUUCCUGGACUUGGCCUGCCGGUUGAUCAGUGAGGCACGACAGAACACCCUUGUGAACAAUGUCUCAUCCCCCUUACCAGGAGAGGGGAAAAGUAUCAGCUACUUGACUUGCUGUAAUUUUAAUUAAAGAGCUGGCAUGUGACUUCCCCUUCUGCCAUGGGCCAAAAGGAUUUCUUUUUUGCUGGGAUUUAUCUACUUGAAGGGAAUUCCUGCCACUUUCACCUAUCUGACUUACCCUCAGUCAGGUUGCAGACCUGGAAGCAUGGCAGGCUGAUGGCUCCAGCUGCAUGGCAACAUAGCAGAACAUAACAUGGUUUAAAUUUCAUUUUUCUUGCAGUCUCUGGAGCAGGUUAGGAAAAGAAGAGUUGCACAAAUGCUUCAUGUAAUGCAGAACGUGAGCUAUUGCAUUUCCUUCUAUGGGAGACUAGAGCAGCCUCUCUUGAAGAUAUUGAAGAGAUCAAAAUCUUUCUUACAGAAAAAUGUGUUUGGUCCUUCUUAAAAUAAAA